AACAGCAGACGGACAACAAGUUUUUGCGAUUUUUGAUCGCACUCACAGCAAAGUCAAAUUUUAAGCCAAUUUAGUUUUGUCGCAACGCGACAUGUUCAUUCUCGUAUUGAUAGCUAUUUCCUUAUUUUCCUUAACGACCCAGCAUUUACCCAAAAUGAUGCGAUCAACCCAGUUCAAACCUGGAGGACCAGAAAAUAUGUCUAUUGGUGAAGUUCCCCUUCCCCAGCUUCGGCCCGGAGAAGUCUUGAUCAAAGUCUACAUGAGUGCCAUCAACAGAGCUGAUACGUCACAGAGAAAAGGUCUAUAUCCAUCACCACCUGGUGAGAGUGACAUCCUUGGUCUUGAGGCAGCUGGUAGUGUAGAAAUGAUUGGUCCUGGUUGCUCUAGCAAGUUGAACAAAGGAGACAGAGUCAUGGCACUAUUGGCUGGUGGUGGUAAUGCAGAGUACGUGGCAGCACAUGAGGAUCUCAUCCUGCAAGUACCUACAGCGAUGACCUACAGAGAGGCAGCUGCCAUUCCAGAGGUCUGGCUCACUGCCUAUCAGUUGCUGUUCACAGUUGGGAAUGUUCAACCCAAUGAAUCUGUCCUCAUACAUGCUGGUGCAAGUGGAGUGGGCACAUCAGCAGUUCAGCUGACAAGGGCAGUUGGUAAAGCCAUACCGAUUGUGACUGCUGGCUCGCAGGAAAAGAUCAAUACUGCUCUCAGUCUCCAUGCUGCUGCUGGAUUUAAUUACAAGGAGGGACCAUUUGCUGAAAAAGUGGUGGAGUUUACUAAAGGUCACGGUAUUGAUCUCAUCUUGGACUGUGUUGGUGGAUCAUACUGGCAGCAGAACCUCGACACUAUUGCUAUUGAUGGACGCUGGGUAUUAUAUGGCCUGAUGGGAGGAGGGAGUGUGGAUGGGAACAUUCUGCAGAAACUCAUGAAGAAGAGGGUGACUCUACAAGCAUCAACCCUUCGGACAAGGAGCAUCAAGUACAAAGCUGCCCUCGUGGAAAGUUUCCGAAAAAAUGCUCUGCCAAAGUUUGCCAGUGGUGAGUUGAAGCCGAUCAUAGACUCGGAAUUCCCAUUGGAGAAGAUCGCAGAUGCACACCGUCUUAUGGAGUCCAAUAAAAACACGGGGAAAAUCCUCAUUAAAGUGCGUGAUGAAGACCGUGAAGAGCUCUAGUCGACAGAUUUAAGUAGAUGUACAAUGUUUAUUAGAAGGGAAUUUUUCACCAUGUUUUAUGAAGAAAGAUUGUGUAUUUUUCCCAAUGACAUGGUGCUACAUGUAUUUUGAUACAAUCAUUCUAUCUGUGCUCAAGCUGGCCUUGCCGACUACCGUUCUGGCAGACCUUUGGAAGUAAAAUAUGCUCUGUAUAGUUGAAAGAUACAGUAGGCGGAACAUUUUCAUUUAGAAACUUUUCUAUGCAAUAAUUUUAAAGUUGUAUGUGAGAGAGUACGGUACAUGAAUCAGGAACUUUUAAAUACCGAUACAGAUUUCCAUCCCUUGUCAGGCCCAUGUCAGUUUCAUUAACAAAAAGGUUCUCUAUUGUAUUUGUCCACAUUUUGCAAUAAGUUUUCCAUUUUGAGGUCAUACAAAACUGUUGAAGUCUAUCCAAAAUCAUGCAUUCCAACAUGUUCCAAACAAAUGUAAUUAGUAUUUAUGAAUAAUAUAUCUCCUCAUGUA